CUAAUUUCCAUUCUUCAAUGCAGGGCCCCAUGCAGGAAUGGGUCACAGCAUGUCUAGACUCCGGCGCCCUUCUGGCGCCUGUUUGAGGAAUCUAGGAAGGUGGCUAGGGUCAGGGUAAGUUGUCUGAAAGGUCGAUGGCGACCCGGAAGGUGGCUGCUCAAGCUGCUUGCAGUUUGUCCAGCGCAGUGCCAUUGAGCCUCAGAUCAAAGGCUGAGGCAAAGGAUGCCUCUUCGGCGGGCCGACCUGGAGUGUGGCCGCCAGCUCAUGCUGCAGACAAAGACGUGGCCAUCGAAAGCACGUUUUUGUACACGCUGGGCGUGGCAUACCUGCUGCUGGGGCUAGACCUGGUGCUGGCCACGUACCUGGACCAGCUGGCCACCACCCAGCUGGUCUUCCACGUCCUUGCAUUCAGCGUGCAGCUGUUUGUCCUGUUUGCCACCUGGAUCACGUUCUACGUCCUGCUGUCAUCCACCUUCCUGGUCAAGAAGGCACUCUACGCCAAAGUGUUUGUGCGGAACCGCGCGCUGUUCUCUGCGUGCCUCAUCCACUUCCUGCUCUUCCUCCUCCUGCGGCUGUACCGCCUGGCCCUCGAGUUUCUGCACUGUCCGCAUGACAGGGUGUGGCAUCGACCAGGCUAUUCGGCCAUCUACAUCGUUCAGAAAAUUGCGGCCAUGGUGUACUACGUCCUGCUGGCCAACGGACUGCACCUCCUCGUGUCCAAGCCGAAGCUCUACACGGCAGAGUGUAUGCAAACGUGACGAGAAGGAAGUAGACGUGAGGCCAAGUCCACCCAUUCGUCCACUGUUUAUAUAUGAUUGCGUGUCGUUCAUUAUUAGAGCAGACUUCUUUAGUCAUCCGCACAAUCUUAACACGGAUGCGGGGCUUUCGCACAGUCAAGAAGCUGGAUCACGUACACGGCACAAACAGGCUCAUGUCAUAUGGAAGUUACAUAAUACAGAACUUGUAUCGUCCAAUCAUGCAUAACUUCUUGGUGAAACUGCAU